AUGAGUAGCAAGACAAACAACUCACAACAAAAUAAUAAAAAGAAGAUUGUACAAGAAGAGGAGGAAAGUGAAGAUGAACAAUCAAUAGAUACUUCUGAUCAAGAUGAUGAUGAUGCAUCUUCAUCACAGUCGUCACAGUCAUCAUCAUCUGACAGUGAACAAUCAGAAGAAGAAGAGGAAUCAGAAGAUGAAAUAGAUAGUGAAGAUGAAAAGAGAACUAAAAAGAAACAAAAGAAUUCAUCUACACAAUCAACUGUUGCAGCUGUAGUUGCCGCUGCAAAGAAACCAUCACCUGCUGCUGCUGCUGCUAAAAAGAAAGCUGCUUCAUCACAAGAUACAACUAAAUCAUCGCCUACUACUACUUCAACUACUUCAACUACUUCAACAACAUCAACUAAUUCAUCGUCUCAACAACCACAAAUAGAAGAAGAUGAUGAUGAAGAAACAUCUACAUCUACUACUACAACUACAACAACUAUAACAAAUGCAACACAGUCAUCUCAACAAAUAGUUAAUAUAUCAACAUCAGCAAUGGUACAAACAACAGGUAAUCAACCAAUUAGAAGAUUGAUUAUUGAAAAGUUAGAGAUUGAGAAUUUCAAGUCGUAUGCUGGCAAGGUUGAAUUGGGGCCAUUCCACAAAUGCUUUAGUUCUGUGAUUGGUCCAAAUGGUUCUGGUAAAUCAAAUGUUUUGGAUUCUAUUCGGUUUGUCUUUGGUGAACGUGCCAAGAACAUUCGUUUCAACAAGAUCUCUGAAUUGAUUCACAACUCUUCAACUCACAAAGGUUUAACAGAAGCUAGAGUUUCCGUUCAUUUCCAAGAUAUUAUUGAAAGACCUGGAGAAGCAGCAUAUGAAGUUGUACCAGAUAGUAAAAUGGUGAUUACUCGUACUGCAAACAAGAGUAAUCAAUCAAAAUAUUUUAUUAAUGGAAAACAAAAAACCUAUGAAGAUGUUGAUGUUUUACUUAAGAGUAAAGGAAUUGAUAUGGAAUAUAAUAGAUUUAUUAUUUUACAAGGAGAAGUUGAACAAAUUGCAACAAUGCAACCAAAAGCACAAUCAUCAAAAGAUUCAUAUGGAUUGUUGGAAUAUUUGGAAGAGAUUAUUGGGUCGAGUCAAUAUGUUGAAAAGAUUGAACAAGCCUAUAAAAAGGUGGAAGAGAUGAAUGCGGAAAGAUCGACUAUACUGAAUAGAUUCAAGGCAGUAGAGACAGAGUUGGGAGGAUUGGAAGAGGCCAAGGACGAGGCAGAGGAAUACCUUCGCAUUGAAACUGAACUUUUGAUUCACAAGAGUAUUGCUGCACAGUUGCAGAGAUACAUCUUCACGCUAAACAACAACAAGUUGAUGGACAAGAGAGGAGGUUUUGAAGAGGCACUCAAAAAGGUCAGAGAUUCAAUGGAGGCAAGUCGAGUCAAGCUACGUGAAAGCGAGAUCAAGAUGAAAUCUGAAAACAGUAUACUCGAAGAAUUGGAACGAUUGGUGCAAAAGACUAAAAACGAGCAUGCUGCAUUCCAAAAGAAAUACAUCAAAUACAAGGAAGAAGAGAAACAUCUAAAGACAAUGAUCAAAAAGAGUGAAUCUAUCAUCCAAGAAGAGACCAACCGUAUCGAAGAGUCUGAAAAGACACAGGAAAAGUGUAAAAAAGAUAUCAAAAGGUUUGAAACCGAGGCUGCCGUUCUACCAAAUCAAUUGGUCGAAGAGGAAAAGAAACUUGAAAAGAUGACUCUAGCCACCAAGGGUGAAACGGCUCAACUGCAAGCAGAGAUGGAAGAGGUUCAAAAGGAAUUGAUGCCAUGGAGUAAAAAGUUUUCGGAAAUCAAGAGCAAGGUUGACAUUCAAGAAUCAGAGAUUGAAGUCCUCUCCAAGGAUCUAAAGACAUCUGUCCAUCGUUUGGACGAGGCAAACAAGGCAAUUGAAGAUGCCAAAGUCACCAUCACAAAGAGAACCACUGAAAUUAGCAAGGCCAAGAAAGAAUCGGAACAAAUCAAACAGGAAAUUGUUGAAAUCUCUUCUCAAUUGGACACCAAGAAACAACAAGAAGAAACUGUCUAUCGUGAUUGUUUGUCUACUAGAAGUAAGGUUGAAGAACUCAAAUCAACUCUCUCUGAAAGUACCUCUAGAAAUACGGUCAUGAAUCGUCUCAUGAAACUCAAAGAAAAUGGUGAGCUUCCUGGUAUCCAUGGUCGUUUGGGUGAUCUUGGUGCAAUUGAUAAGAAAUACGAUGUUGCCGUUUCAACUGCUGCUCCUUCUUUAGAUAAUAUUGUUGUUGAUACUACUUCUACCGCUGAAAAAUGUAUUGAAGUUUUAAGAAAAGAAAAUCUUGGUAGAGCAACAUUUAUUAUUUUAGAUAAAAUUGAACAUUUGGCAUCAAAUAUUGAUAGAUUUAGAGGACCACAAGGUGUAGAGAGAUUAUAUGAUCUUGUAAAGAUGAAGAGUCCAAAUUAUAGUAAUGCAUUUUACUUUGCAUUGCGUGAUACUUUGAUUGCCAAUGACAUUGAUAGUGCAACCAAGAUUGCUUUUGGCACCAAGGGCACCAAGUAUCGUGUCGUUACAUUGGAAGGUGGUGUGAUUGAACAAAGUGGUGCCAUGUCUGGUGGUGGUAACCGUGUUGCCAGAGGUGCCAUGGGUUCCAAGAUUGUUGGCGACCCGGUCGAAGACAGAAAACAAUUGGGCAAGCUAAACGACUCCAUGUCCAACUUGGAGGGUCAACUCCAACAGAUUCGUGAAGAAAAGCGUGCACUCGAACAAUCACUCCAACAAUUACAACGUAGAAAGGCAGAUCUUGAAUUUGACCUCCCCAAGAUGGAAAUGGAUAUCAAGGCUGCUCACAAGAAACAAGAAGAACUUUCAAAGGCCAUCCCAGCCCUCGAACAUCAAAUCAAGGUCUCUAGUCAAAAACAAGAAAGAGUUGAUCAAAUCAAAGAAACCCUCAAAACUGAUAAAAAGGAAUAUGACAAGUUAAAGGAAAAGGUUGAUAGUUUGGAAAAAUCAAUUCAAUCAAUUAGAAACAAAAUUUUAAAUGUUGGUGGAAGUGCUUUAAAAAAUCAAAAAACUUUAGUUGAUGAAUUACAACAAAAGAUUGAUACAACAAGACAUGGUAUAACAAAAGCAAAUGUUCAAAUUAAAAGUUUAGAAAAAUCAAUAGAGAAAUCUCAAAAAGCAUUGGAACAACAUAAACAAGAAAUUGAGGAUCUCAAAGCCAAAUUAAAAGGUCUUUUGGAAAAGAAAGAGGCAAUGAAAAAGGAUGAAGAAAUUUGUCGUAAAGCCUUUGAUGACAAUAGUGACAAGGUGGAUGAAAAGGUAGAAGAGAUUAAAAAGAUUAGAGAGGAAUAUGAAGAGGCUAAAAAGAUUGAUGAUAAAUCUAAAAGCAAGGAAAUUGAUCUUACAAAUAGUAUUGAAGAUUUAACAAAAACCAUCCAAGAAAAUAAUGAUCUAGCUAGUAAAUUUACUAGAAAGUUUGAAGAAUUAAAUCAACAAAAAUUAAGAUUAAAGAUUUUUGAAAAUGAUCCAGAUGAACCAUUAGUAAUUUAUACAGAUGAUCAACUUGAAGCGUUGAGUCAACAAAAAGAUGAAAAUAGUGCAAAGAUUGUUAGUCUUUCUAGUCAAAGGGAGAAAUUAAAGUCAACUUCAAUCAAUCCAAUUAGAGAAUAUAGAAAGAAACUUCAAGAUUUGGAAAAACAACAAGAUCACCUACAAGCAAUUACCAAAGAAAGAGAUGAUUUGAAAAAACUAUACGAUGAUCUCAGAAAGAAGCGUUUGGAUGACUUUAUGGCUGGUUUUACCAUCAUCACCCUUAAACUCAAGGAAAUGUACAGAAUUAUUACUAUUGGUGGUGAUGCAGAACUUGAAUUGGCCGAUACCUCUGAUCCAUUUUCUGAAGGUAUUAUAUUUAGUGUUCGUCCUCCAAAAAAGAGUUGGAAACGUAUUACUGAUUUAUCAGGUGGUGAAAAGACAUUGAGUUCAUUGGCACUUGUAUUUGCAUUACAUCAUUAUAAACCAACACCAUUAUAUUUUAUGGAUGAAAUUGAUGCUGCCCUCGAUUACAAGAAUACUUCGAUUAUUGCCAAUUAUAUUAAAGAUAGUACAAAGAAUGCUCAAUUUAUCAUCAUUUCUCUUCGUAACUAUAUGUUUGAACUUGCCGAUCGUCUUGUUGGUAUUUACAAAACUGACAAUUGUACCAAGAGUAUAACAAUCAACCCUGCCACUUUUGCUGAAAAAAUUAUUACCAAAAAGAAUAAUAACAAAGAAAAUGUUGAUCCAAAUAAUAAUAAUAGUCAACAAAAAACUAAUAAUAAUAAUAAUAAUUCCCAAACAAAUAAUAAUAUUGUUUAA